UUUAGCAGACCUAUGUUGCGAGUUGAAACACUUUGUUUGCUGCCAACAUUUCGUCUCUUUUUACGCACAAAACGGCAGAUUGAGCAAUGUGUUAUUUUGCCACACAGGCGCUUCGUGACUGAUGCGGGAAAACCAUCCUCAACAGCGUGUUUACACGCCGGCCAAACCUAUCUUUCGAUGCAUUUGGCACCCUUAGCUUAGCAUGCUAACUUCCUUCAUAAUAGCAGAUGCUAACUGAGGUGCUAAACUGCAGGUGAUUGUGACGUCAUCAGCACUGAACUCUCAGUUGGUUGGACACACACAGCAUGACUUGCCCUCCCAGCAAGCGCCUCAGAAGCCACCGCCCGGACGUCCCCAAGGUGGACUUCUUCGACGACGACGACUUCACCCAGGACGACCUGGAUGAGAUCGACACCAUCGCCUCGCAGGCCAUCAGCUGCGGGGGUCCAAAAGCGGGGGAGCGGCAGGGCCCCGGGUCAGGAUCCCGUGCCUCCACCGGGCCGAGCGCACCGCCGGGGAGAGAGAAGAUGGGGGGCAAGAGAGGAGACUUGGGGGUGACCAGCAGAGAGCCUCCUGAAAGCAGGCAGCAGCAGUUUGGGCCAGACGGCGAGAACCCCUACAGCCUGCUGGUGGCUCAGCAUGCAGAGCUCAAGAGGAAGCUGGAGGAGGAGACAGUCUUGAAAACCGGGGAGAUCCGGGUCCUGAGGGACUCCCUGAGAGGGGUGCAGCAGGAGAAGGAGGUCCUGAGACAGAACGUUGUCCUCCUGGAGGCGCAGAAGCAGCGGGAGCAGAGCGAGCGGGAGAAGGAACUCAACAAGAAGGUUCAGUCGCUGCGGACGGAGCUGCAGUUCAAAGAAUCGGAGAUCAACGAGAUGAAGAGCAAACUGCUGAGCACUGAGCGAAACAAGGUUGCGUCUCCCCUGCCUAGAAAAAGCCCCAAAUUGCUCAAUGGCCUUGGCCAGCUGGGUGGCAGCGGCUCCUCCUCUCCAACAGGCCACGGUUUCAUCACCAAGGAAAUGUUCACGGCUCAGGUCCCAUCCAGAAACACGCCGGUCAAAGCCCCCGCCAAGACGAGCAAGGCACAUCGGGAUGCAGACCGACCGCCAUCGUGCGUGAGAUCAACUGACACACAGGAAGUAGUCAGUCCUGACCCAUUCCAGGCCGUCAGACCUGCACACCAGCACCAUCAAGGUGGCGUCCUGUUGGGCUUGUUGCUACAGCAGCGUUUAUCUCCCAGCAGCCUCUGCCUCUCCCACCUGCUGUCUAUAAGCCAGACUGACGUCUGCUCGUCAGCCCAGCGAGAUGCCGCCGCAUCCCAUUGGGACUUCAGCAAAUUCCCCGCCGGCUCUUUCCGCCAAAACGCUCCUGCAGUCGGCGUCAGCGGGCGCAGAGGCGGAGUUCCCCAAGCUGCUCUCAGUCCUGUCCAAAGUCUGGCGGUUACAGGACUCAACAUGCUGAGUCAAAGUCGAGCCAACACCACAGAACACAGGUGUCCUGGCGCUGUGCUUCUUCUCCCUCUGCUGGACCUGCACUUAUCUGGCCUCUGUGAGGCUCUGGAUGUACCAGGAGUUACCUCUGGCGCCUCAGAGGCUCUGCCGGAGAGCCGCGCCCUUGCUUCCGGACCAGGGAGGCCGGACGAGGCGGGCUUCAGCCUGGAAGACGUCGGACUCUUGGCCCUCAGGCUCUUGUACCUGUUGCUGGCCCACAGUGACGAAGUGGUCCGGGCGGUUCUUUCAACGCAGAGUGAACGCAGCACAGAAAACCAGGCUGGCUCACCCGCCGCAAGAGAGGACCCUCACUCCCACAAUGCCUUGCUGCAGUCCGUGUUGCGCCUUUGCCGCGGCGAUGGCGGCAGCACACACCGGGAGGAGCUGGUCGUCGGCGCCCUGAAGACAGUGCGAGUCCUGGCGGCGAGGACGGCGCCUACGCACGCCGACCGGUUGCAGUGUGUGUUGCAGGCGAUGUGCGCGUCCUUGUCAUCUGACCUCAACCCUCUUGCGCUCGCAGAGUGUGUUUUAGUCCUCCUGUCUCUGUGCGACCACGCCGCGCUGACUCAGCAGCUCUGCUCACAGCACGAGCCCUGCGUGAUCCUAAGGCUGCUGCAGUACGUGCGAAACAGACCAGCCAAGGUGACGUUACAUGCUCAGCUCAUCUUGCUGGACCUGCAGGUGGUUCGAUUGUUGAGGCGACUCUCGCAGACAGCAGAGAGCUGGAUCAGCAGGCAGUGCGGCGGCUGUCAGUGCUACACUGAGCUGGUUCAGACGGUGGUGAUCGUUUUGCAUCGCCAGUGGAUGGACCUCCAGGACUCUCCGGAGCCAACGGACAGCUCGCCAGACCUCGGACCACGCCCGGAUCAGCACUCCCCGCCGUGGUCCCUGCUCAGGGAAGGCGUGCAGCUGCUGCACUGGCUGCUCCACCAUCACGCCAGCUUCUACGACAGCUGCCAGCCGCUGCUGCACAUGUACGACCAGGUGAUCCCGGCCCUGCGGGACACGCUGAGGAGGCUCCCCCAGCUGAGCGAGAGUGAAGAGCUGGUGUUGGAGGAAAUCUAACCACCGCCAUGACACGGAUUGCUGCUCCUGAUUGAUUCAUUGAGCAAGCAAUCAUGAUGGACACUUGUUGUGAUACCACUGAGCUUACUGUCUCUGAACAUUUAACAAUAAAACAUCACCAUCCUGGUAAUGUGAUACACAAUUCCACUUUUGAUAUCAUCCCCCAACUUACCUUGUACACCACAAACUGGAGUGAAACCUCGACUUUACCUUCUGCGACCCGAGCACCCGAAAGAUCCACUCUGGAGUCGUCCCGGUCCGAUAUCAGCAAAAAGUGUUGUAUUGGCCUGCAUCUAAAAUCCAGUCCAAAACAAGGGAGUCCGUCCCAGACCUGCUCCAGCAUGUCAUGUGAUCACAACACUUCUCUUCGACUAGUAUUACUAGAUCACGCCCUAAAAGUAUGUUUGUACUAAUAUCGUAUCGGUACUGGAUGAUACUCACCACUCCGUUUUGGUAUCGUACCGAAAGAAAGCUGUAUCAGGCCACGCCUUAUUGACCCCCUUUUUUUUUUUCUGCGAUGCCACAAUAAAAGAGUGAUGACAACCACCGAGUCACAAAUGGAAUUGCGACGUAGAAAAGACCGGAAGCAAAGUACAACUUGAUCAAUACAAUAAAAU